AUUUUACCUACUAUACUAUCGAUCUUAUCAAUUUUAACUCCAAUAGAGCUAUGGAUUUAUGGGUUUAUGAGAUGGGCAAGAAGAAACACUCUUCAAUCUAGUUGUAACUACAACUAUGAAGGAGACGGCACGGGAUGGUGUCUGGGAAUUUUUCAAAUCUCACUCCAAACAGAUGGGAUGGAUCCUUCCUCCAGCUUGGGGUUUUCAGGUCAGUCUUCUUUCUCUCUCUUUUUCAGUUUGGUUGAAAUGGGAAUUUUUGGGAGAGGGAAAGAUGGUGAAUUCUGCUAUUUUGAGCCGACUCUUGUGUUUUAUGCUCAAUUGAUGUUCAAGAAAUGAAUUUCAUUUAAUUCAAUACCGAGACAAGUUGCGACCGUGGUCUUCUCAGGUACUCCAUUUUUGUUUUUUUUUUCAGUUUCAGUUUAGCUGAAACGGGAAUUUUUGGGAGGGAGAGGAUGAAUUUUUAUAGUUUGAGCUAAUUUUUGUGUUUUUCUGCUGAAUUGGUGUUCAAGAAAUGAAUUUGAUUUCAUAGGAUACCAAGACAAGUUGCGACUUGUGGUUAAUUAUCCCCCAAUUUUAGUCUAUUUUUUUGUUCUAUAGUUUUCUUCUAGUUUCUCGGAGUAUCAAGCAGCGCCGUAGAGUGUACUUAAGAAGACUUGAGUUCUUAUCAAGAAAAUUCUGGUGGAUUCUGUUCUGUUUACUCGAAGUUCUUUCCCUUUCUUUCUCUUUUGGUUGAUGGUUGAUGGAGGAUUGCUGAUUAUCCAGACUUAUAGUUUUCGAGUGAGAAACAAUGGGGAGUACAUUGGCACUUUUUUUUUUUUUUUUUUGCUGUUGAAUUCUCAAUUGAUGCGCUCUUGGACGUGGACUUCAGUCACUCAGCAAGAAAUUGUGCCACUAUAUCAAAGAUUUUGCCAGCUAUACUGUAAUGCUAAGGGAUUUAUCUCGGGCGAUGAGUUUAUGUCAGUGCCUGAAUUUGCAAUGAAUCCACUCCCUCAGGUUUUUGCAAGUUCCAAACCUAAGGAUGGAGGUCGAAGUUCCAGUUGAUUGAGCUAACUCUACAGACUCUCCCUUGAAGUUCAAGAUGAAUGCCUGUAGAACAUAUCCAACUUGACCCAGUGUAGAAUAACUUAAAAUUAAAUUGGAAGAAAAAGCCUGUAUCAUCACCUUUUCCUUCUUCUGUCACUAUCUGGAAGAACCAAGCUGUGCAUGAGAAUAAGCUUUCAAGUUCUCCGUAAAAUUUGUAUACUUUUCAACGGUUUUGACAUAUGGAUGUGAUUUAGGCACUAAUUGGUAAUAAGUUACGUAUUUUCCAAUCCAGCAUUGCAUUUUCGACUGUGUAGUUCAUUUGAUUGAAAGAUAAAUAUAUAUAGCUAUCAGUAUUUCAGGGUAAAGUUUCUUCUGUAACCAAUAUGUCACUUGGUUGUCCUGAAAACAUCAUGCUUUCGUAAACCUAAAACCUCUGGCUAAAUGGAGCCAGAAUUUGCCUUUUCAGUAUGAUAUUUGUUCUGGAAGUUAAUUGUGGCUUCUUGGCCUUUUUCUGUUCUGAAAAUGCUGACUUGUAUUACUUUAUGCUUAAGGAAACUGACAUCACUUGCCGAGAAGAUGGAGACAGAUUUUAGAGUAAAGACAUUUUCUUGGUUGGUGCUCGGCAAUUUCCCUUCACUUUUCCAGCAGUAAUUCCAUCUCCCUCUCCCCAUCUUAGAAGAAAAGCAAAGAAGUGAAGUGAGUGAAGAUUUGUAAUGAUGAUAACUGGGUCCAUGGAGAUAACUCUGCCAAGUGAAGAUUUGUAAUUCCAUCUCUCUCUCUUUUGAUACUUGUUGCUGAUUUGCUAAAUAGGCGCUCUGAUACUGUGUGUGUGUUGAGAUUCUAAAAGCCUUGCGAGAACUUUGAUAUAGGGAAGCAAUGGAAACUGCCUUGAUUGAGUAUUCCUCAGGAGAGAAGCUUUCAGGAGAGAGUUCAAAGAAAGACCCAAAUCAGGUUGAGCAACUAUGUAGAGGAGGUAGGAGUACAGAAAAGUUAUGCAGAGGCUCUAGUAAGGGUAAACAAGUUUUGCAGGCUAAUGAAGUUGAAAAACUAAGCAAGCGACUGACGAUCCUUGAAGAAGAAAACAAACAUAUGAACCAAGUGCUCUUGAACACCUUGGAAGAAAGGAGAAUACUGUUGAAUGAAAUAUACCAGCAGUUUCAAGAAAUGCACCAUUGCUUCCACUACACAAACAGAUCUUGUGAUGGAUCUUUGGUUGCCGUCCCUUGUGAGGACAGAACACUUUGGAGAGGCCUGUCACAAGUUCUAUGCCAAGAAUCAAGUCCAUAUGUUGUAACUGGACACAAUAGCAAGAACUGCAUUUCAGGUUCCGUGAUGACUUUUCUCGAUAUGCCAUGAAAGCUUUGUUGGUUUUGCUCAAGUAGACAGGCCUAUUUAUUGGAUUUGUAAAGACAGUUGAUAAAAUGGCUAUCUAAUAUUGUUCAACUAGACCCAUCAUUAAACCUCUAGAAUUUGACUCUUCUUUCAUGACAGAAA